CGAGAAACAAAAAUGACAAAAAAAUAAAUAACGAGAACAGAAGAAAGCGCAAAAAAACCUGUUUUGUUUGUGGUGUUAUUGGUGAAUGAUAAAAUUAAAUGUGAAAUAUUUUAAGGAUUUAGUUUGCAAAAUGGAAUCCAAAUCGCCUUAUUUUUCUCCGAAGAAGACGCGCAAUUUCGUCAAACAGAAGCACACCGGUCUCAAGGAAACCUUGCAAAAGAAAUCAGCUGCCGAUGGCAUAAAGGGUGAAACACCUUCCUUUGUAAAAUCUUGUGUUCCGGAAAUCAAAAUUGGCGCGAUUCCAAAGGCACCGGAACAUGCGGAACCGAAACGCCGUCAGCGGAAGAAGCAAAUCAAGGUUCAGUCUAGUCCUGAUCGAUCUUCGGAGGUGUAUUACCCCGAACAAAGGACACCUGUGAAAGUGGAUCCGUCUGAAACUGUCGUAUCUUCAUCAGCCAAUGAAAACCCUUUUGUUGUCAUCAAAACAGAGAAGGAAAGUUCCGCAGAAACUGACAGUGCCGUGAAACAAACGAAAUGGGAACCGGACAAUUGGCGCCAAACGUUGGAAAAUAUUCGCCAAAUGCGACAAAUGAUGCAAGCUCCGGUCGAUACCAUGGGCUGCGAUCAGUUCAAAGACGACGAAAACGUCCCUCCCAUUACCCGGCGGUUCCACACGCUGGUGUCACUGAUGCUGUCCAGUCAAACAAAGGAUCAAGUCAACUUUGAUUGCAUGCAGCGUUUGCGGAAACACGGACUUACACCCGCAGACAUAGUGGCAACGGAUGUGGCGGUAUUGGAAAAACUCAUCUACCCGGUCAGCUUUUAUAAGAACAAAGCGAAAUUCAUCAAGCAAGCAUCGCAGAUCCUGCUAGACACCUACAACGGCGACAUCCCGGACACCAUCGAGGGCCUGCUAAAACUGCCGGGGGUCGGAAAGAAAAUGGCGCACCUGUGCAUGCGUUCGGCGUGGAACGUGGUGACUGGGAUCGGAGUGGACACGCACGUUCACCGGAUCUGCAAUUGGCUCCGGUGGGUUCCGAAGGAAACCAAAACCCCGGAGGACACCCGGGUCGCCCUGGAGAAGUGGCUACCCUUCGAACUGUGGGAGGAAGUCAAUCAGUUGCUGGUCGGGUUCGGGCAAACCAUCUGUCCAGCCUCCUAUCCCCAUUGCAACGAGUGUUUGAAUGCGGCCAUAUGUCCAGCUAAGGGUAAGCACGGCAUCAGGAAGACGCCUAUCAAAAAGCAAAUUAAGAAGGAAGAGUUGGAGUUUUAAGGAGGCGGUAAGUCGAAGUUUUUAUGAUGAUAUUAUUUUUGCUAUGCAUUUUUCACCUGAGUACAAAUUAAGUUGUUUAAUUCCUUAAUUUAAAA